AUGCCUGCUAUCAACGUUGCGGCAGUCGGCGACGAUCCGGCAGGGAGCCCGAUAUACCGCACCACGCCGGGGACGCCCGCAGGGGGCUACCAUGACCCUGUCGCCGUUGCUGGCACAGGCACCGGGACCAACACCGGCAGCCCGCAGCUACCUCCCGCGAUCUUCCCGAGACAGGUUACCCUGCGAGACCGCGUUACGGUGGCCACGCUGAUCCCCUUCUCGUCGGCGCAGGAGGUACCCCAUUCGCUGCUGGCGUAUCUGUGCGACCAGCUCAACAAGGAGAUCGAGAAGGGCGAUACCUACCCGUUCCUCAAUCCGCUAACCCUCGAGGCCUUUGGCACGGACUGGUUCUCGAACUUCGCGGCCGUGAUGCUGCUCGGAGAUAUACCUACCAUCAGCCAUGUGCAGUCUCUGGAGACCAUAGGCGCUGACUGGGGGAAGAUAUGUCUGGGCAGCUUCAAUAUAAAGCCCAAUUACCCGGGCAGGAGUAGUCAUAUAUGUAACGGCGCCUUCUUGGUGACGGAUGCCUCGAGGAACCGCGGUGUCGGCAGGCUGAUGGGCGAAUGCUACCUGGAGUGGGCUCCACAGAUGGGGUAUACAUAUGCUGUUUUUAAUCUGGUCUAUGAAACCAACGUAGCUUCGUGUCGAAUCUGGGAUGCGUUAGGCUUCAAGAGGAUCGGCAGAAUACCGGGCUGUGGCAAUUUACGAUCAUACCCGGGGCAGCUCAUCGAUGCAAUAAUAUAUGGGCGUGACCUGGGCCCGGAAGGAGAGGAUUUUGUUUCCGAGGAACGCUUCGACAAGAUCAGAUACUAUCUCAAACACUCCAAGUAUCCCAGCGGUGCAGACCGAGCGGAGAAGAGCCGCCUGCGCAGUGCGGCAACUCACUAUAAACUUGUGGGAGGUGAUAAGGGGGAGCCAGAGAAACUUAUGCUCAAGGAUAAAGAGGUUGUCUCCGACCCUCAACAGCAGUACGAGAUUGCCCGCAAGAUACACCAGCAGCAACAUGGCGGAAUCAAUAAGACCACGGCCACUAUUGCGUUGAAAUACCACUGGGUACGCAUCAAGGAGACCGUGAGCAUGGUCAUCAAGAACUGCCCACAGUGCAAAGAAGGCCCCAAGGCCCCUGCCAACGGAGUCUGCGCCAACAUUGUUUCUCACAACGGCAGCCCGGACGCCAAUUCGUCGUUCAAACGAGAAAAGCCAGCUACUCCCCGGGACCAUACCUUCGACAUACAACAACCCGAUACAUUUGAUCCCUCCCAUCCGGACCAGCAACUCGCCAAUGUAUCUGUGCACCAGUACUCCAAGGAAGAGCCCUUCAGUCCUGCCGCCCACACGCACGCCCAUACACACUCUCAUAGCAACCCACUCAUCCACGCCGCUGAACAAAUGACCGAUUACACCGACAUACCGCUCGAUCCACAGAUAAUGGACGACAUACACCACCAUCUCCCUCCCUUCCAACACCACAACGGCGUCAAUGUCGGCGUCGGCGUCAGCCCAUACGAACCCGACGGGACCCAGGACCCUCAUGCCCUGACGCAUGGCUUUGACCAUACGCCCAUGCAGCAUGACCACGACCAUCACCACGGCCACCACCACGACCACACCGGCAGCUAUCAGGUUGUCGAAGACGACGAUCUUAUGGCCUCGCAUACCGGCGUGGGUGCCGGCGUGGGUGUAGACGUCGAUGUCGGCGUUGACGUUGGCGUGGGCAUGAGGGAUCAAUCGAUGAGACUCGUGGAGGCGACACGGUUACAGAACGACGCGCAGUUCCAGGCCGAUCUACUGACCGUUGCAUUCGGCGGACGAGAGGACCAGAGCCACUUUGACAGCUAG